CUGCGCCUAGCUGGUGGCGUGUGUGCAGAAGGAGCGGGCAUAAACUGGAGGUUCCCUCCUCUCCGCGACACUCACGGACCCGGCCGCCCGCCCUCCCUGGGUGUUUCCCUGCCCUGUAGCCAGGGUGCCAGCCUGAGGAGUAGUUUCGCUUCCUCCUGGCUCCGGGAUUUCUUUCCAGGCACCCCGUGGCCGGGGAAGGGGGCGAAGCAGGAGAAGGAAGACUCGUCUAGGGGCUGCCCGCCCCGCUGCGCCGGGUUGAUGGACCGGGCCGCCCCGGGCAGCAGCGCUAGCUCCCUGUCACUGCUUCUGGCCCUCGUCCUGGGUCUAGUGAUCCUCCACUGUGUUGUGGCAGAUGGGAAUUCAACCAGAAGACCUGAAACUGAAGGCUUUCUCUGUGGAGAUCCAGGAGAAAACUGUGCAGCUACCACCACACAAUCAAAGCGGAGAGGCCACUUUUCCAGGUGCCCCAAGCAGUACAAGCAUUACUGUAUCAAAGGGAGAUGCCGGUUCGUCGUGGCAGAACAGACGCCUUCCUGCGUCUGUGAUGAAGGCUAUGCUGGGGCAAGAUGUGAGAGAGUUGAUUUAUUUUACCUAAGAGGAGAUAGAGGACAUAUUCUGGUGAUUUGUUUGAUAGCAGUUAUGGUGAUUUUUAUCAUUCUGGUGGUUGGUAUCUGCACAUGCUGUCAUCCUCUUCGAAAGCAUCAUAAAAGAAAGAAGAAGGAAGAAGAAAUGGAAACUCUGGAUAAAGAUUUAAUUCCUAUAAAUGAAGAUAUUCAAGAGACUAAUAUUGCUUAAUGGAUAUGAAGGUAUCUCCAGGCUGGUGGCAAGCUAUAAAAUGUCUUGCUCAUUUGAAAAUGGACCCAACGUGUCUCAGGAAAACAGCUAGCAAAACUGAAUUUUAAAUAAUGUAUUUACUUUUUAUUUGUAACUUUAGUUUGUGUUGUUUU